AUGGGACAGACUGUGACCACCCCCUUGACCCUAACUCUUGACCAUUUCAAAGAUAUACGUGCCUGCACAUACAACCUCUCUUUAAGCGUCUGCAAGGGACGCUGGCAGACUUUUUGCUCUUUGGAGUGGCCCACCUUCAAUGUAGGCUGGCCCCCUGAAGGGACUUUUGACUCCCUGACUAUCACAAGGGUAAAGUCCAUUGUCUUUAGUCCAGGGUUGCAUGGCCACCCUGACCAGGUACCCUAUAUCUUAAUGUGGGAAAGCUUGGUUUUAGACCCUCCCCCUUGGAUCCAUCCAUUCCUGAUGCUCAAGCCCCAGCCGAAACCUGACUCCACCCUCCUGCCGAUCCAACCCAGGACCUUCUCCUCCUGGACCCCCCCUCCUCCGUACUCCCAACCUCUAACCCCACCAACUUCAUCUCUACCCUCCACCUCCUCCACAUCUACCCCCUCCACUGUCUCACCCACAGCACCUCCUUCCCCCAACCCUCCUUCUCUUACCCCAGCACCCCCUCCUUCUCCUCCCCGCCUCCGACUCCGCCGGGGCCCCACUGAAGGCCAAUGGCAAUCUUCCCUCUUUCCUCUCUGUACAACCAACGGAGAGAUCACUUACUGGCCUUUUUCAGCCUCAGACCGUUAUAAUUGGAAAAAACAUAACCCCCCUUUCUCCCAAGACCCUCAGGCACUGACAUCUCUGAGACAAUCCAUACUGCUGACACACCAACCUACCUGGGAUGAUUGCCAACAGCUGCUGCAAGUGCUCCUGACAACUGAUGAACGACAGCGGGCCCUCCUAGAAGCCAGAAAAAAUGUUCCUGGCCCCGGGGGUGCACCUACACUCCUGCCCAAUGAGAUUGAUGCAGGGUUCUCCCUCACCCAUCCAGACUGGGACUAUGAAACCCCAGCAGGUAGGGAGAGUCUCUGUGUCUAUCACCAGACUCUGCUGGCAGGUUUCAAAGGAGCAGGCAGGCACCCAACUAAUUUGGCCAAGGUAAGAACCAUAAUUCAGGGAAAGGAUGAGAGCCCUGCAGCCUUUUUGGAGAGAUUGUUAGAGGGGUUCCGAAUGUAUACCCCGUUUGACCCCAAGGCAGCUGAACACAAGGCAACAGUAGUCAUGUCCUUCAUAGAUCAGGCAGCUCCUGAUAGUAAAGGAAAGUUACAGAGAUUGGACGGCAUUCAGACCUUCAGCACCCAGGAUCUGGUAAGGGAAGCAGAAAAAGUGUAUAAUAAGAGAGAAACACAGGAAGAAAAGGAAGCUAGAAUGGCAAGGGAGCAAGAAGAACGAGAGGGCUGUCGAGAAAGACGCAGAGGCAAAGAAUUAACUCAGAUCUUGGCCACAGUGGUGGCCGAUAAUUCUAGGUCUAAGGAACAGGAUAGGGAGGGGGGAGAUUGGAGGCGGCCCAGGGUAGAAAAGGACCAAUGUGCUUAUUGUAAGGAGAGAGGUCAUUGGGUCCGAGACAGCUCUAAGAGACCCAGAGACUGGAAAAAGGUUCCAGUCUUGGCUCUAGGCGAAGAUAGUGACUGAAGGUGUCAGGGCUCUGAAGCCCCCCCCUCCCCGGGGCCCAGGCUAACUCUUACAGUCGGGGGGCAACGUACUACCUUCUUGGUAGACACCGGUGCCCAACACACAGUCCUGACCCAGCCGGCUGGACCGAUGUCAUCAGAAACUUCCUGGGUCCAAGGAGCAACUGGGGGCAAGUUACACCGAUGGACUAAUAAAUGGACUGUUGACCUUGGCACAGGUACCGUGACCCACUCCUUCCUAGUAGUUCCUGAAUGCCCUUAUCCCCUGUUAGGAAGAGACUUGCUAACCAAGUUGGGGGUCCAAAUACACUUCCAAGAAGAGGGGGCACAAGUACUUAACUCCUUGGGAAUGCCUGUGCAGAUUCUCACUGUUAAACUGCAAGAUGAGCACAGACUGCUUGAGCUCACCCCUCAAGGGACCCUUUCAGAAGAUAACCCAUGACUCCAGCAGUUCCCUCAGGCAUGGGCAGAGACAGGAGGGCUCGUACUAGUCCACACACAGCCACCUAUUAUUGUGACUCUUAAACCCUCGGCUGUACCGGUCUCAAUCAAACAAUACCCAAUGAGUCAAGAAGCCCGGCUGGGCAUUAAACAACAUAUUCACCGAUUCCUGCAACUAGGAGUCUUAAAGCCUUGUCAGUCCCCCUGGAAUACUCCACUCCUGCCUGUAAAAAAACCAGGGACUCAGGACUAUAGGCCCGUGCAGAACCUCAGAGAAGUCAAUAAGAGGGUGAUAGACAUCCAUCCCACAGUGCCCAACCCAUACAAUCUACUGAGCACUCUAAGGCAUUUUACUUGGUAUACUGUCCUAGACUUUAAGGAUGCCUUCUUUAGUCUGCCCUUGGCCCCACAAGCCUUUGAAUGAAAAGACCCUGAAUUAGGACUCUCAGGACAGGUGACCUGGACGCGCCUUCCCCAAGGUUUUAAGAAUUCUCCAACCCUGUUUGAUGAGGCCCUGUACCAGGAUUUGACUGACUUUUGCACCCAGAACCCUGAGGUGACACUCCUGCAGUAUGUGGACGACCUUCUAUUGGCUGCCCCCACCAAGGAGGCCUGUAUCACUGCCACCCAGCACUUACUCCAAGAACUGGGUAACAAGGGCUAUCAUGCAUUGGCCAAGAAGGCUCAGAUCUGCAAAAAGGAGGUAACAUAUUUGGGCUAUGUCCUACAUGAGGGAAAAAGAUGGCUCACCAAGAGUCGAAUCGACAUGGUGGCCAAGAUUCCCCCACCUCAGAGCUCCAGACAGUUAAGAGAGUUCUUGGGGACAGCAGGCUUCUGCAGAUUAUGGGUACCGGGCUUUGAUGAACUUGCCUCUGCCUUAUACCCUCUGACACAGGGUACUGACUCUUUCCAGUGGGGGGCCCCCCAGCAACAGGCCUUUGAAGCCAUAAAGAAGGCCCUCCUGUCUGCCCCGGCCCUAGGAUUGCCAGACACCACAAAGCCAUUCAUCUUCUUUGUAGAUGAAAAACAAGGGAUAGCCAAGGGGAUAUUGGCUCAAACUCUGGGACCUUGGAAACGGCCUGUGGCCUACUUAUCUAAACAAUUAGACACCAUAGCCACCGGAUGGCCUCCAUGCCUGCGCAUUAUGGGUGCCACUGCGCUGUUGGUUAAAGAUGCCAACAAAUUGACCUUGGGGCAAUCCCUGACCAUAGUCACACCUCAUGCAUUGGAGGCAGUGAUAUGCCAGCCCCCCGAUAGAUGGGUCACUAAUGCCCAUCUCACUCACUACCAAGCUCUACACCUAGACUCUGAACGUAUCACCUUUGGCGCUCCAGUUACCCUCAACCCUGCCACAUUGUGGCCAGCCCCAGACCGAGGACAAGAGACUCCACAUGACUGUCAUCAAGUGUUGGCUGAGACACAUGGAACUCGAGAGGAUCUCCAAGAUCGUGAACUUCCAGAAGCCGACCACACUUGGUAUACAGAUGGUAGCAGUUAUUUGGACUCAGGUACCAGACGGGCUGGGGCAGCGGUGGUGGAUGGGCAGAAGGUCAUAUGGGCCCAGGCCCUUCCCUCGGGUACCUCUGCCCAAAAGGCUGAGCUUAUAGCCCUGACCAAGGCCUUGGAACUCUCUCGAGGCAAAAAGGCUAAUAUCUACACUGACGGCCCGUAUGCCUUUGCCACCGCCCAUAUACAUGGGAGCAUCUAUGAACAGAGGGGCUUAUUAACAUCAGAGGGCAAAGAGAUCAAAAACAAACCCGAAAUUAAAGCCUUGCUAAAAGCCCUCUUCCUACCUGCUCGGGUGGCCAUCCUUCACUGUCCUGGGCAUCAAAAAGGACAGGACCCCAUUGCCCUGGGCAACCAACAGGCAGACUGAGUGGCAAAACAAGUUGCCGAUAGAGCCAAUCAGACAACCAGCCAAUUAGAACCAUAUACCUAUACUUCGGAAGACCAAGCCAAGGCUCAGGCCUUAGGGGCCUCAUUAGACCCAAAACUCCAGCAGUGGAUCAAAAAUGGCAAGACCAUGCUACCAGCCAAAGAGGCAACUGCCAUGAUCCAACAGAUGCAUGCCUGGACCCACCUAGGAUCAAAAAAGUUUCGACAGAUCCUGGACAAAACAGAGUUCAUCAUCCCUGGAGCCAAUGCCCCAAAUGACAAAACUGUAGCUAAUUGCCAAGCCUGCCAGCAAGUCAAUGCUGGCAAGAGCCAAGCCCCGGAAGGAACCAGAGUCCAUGGGCACAGACCAGGAACCUACAGGGAAGUGGACUUCACUGAGGUUAAACCCCCAGCUGUGGGUUAUCGAUACUUAUUGGUCUUCAUAGACACUUUUUCAGGAUGGGUAGAGGCUUUCCCAACCCGACGGGAAACAACACAAACAGUAACCAAGGCCAUCCUAGAAGACAUCUUUCCUUGGUUUGGACUCCCUAAGGUAAUUGGGUCAGAUAAUGGGCUGGCCUUCAUCUCCCAGGUAAGUCAGGGACUGGCCAAGAUCUGGGGGACUGAUUGGAAAUUACAUUGUGCUUAUAGGCCCCAAAGUUCAGGACAGGUAGAAAGGAUGAAUAGAACUCUAAAAGAGACCCUGACUAAAUUGACCAUAGAGACUGGCUUAAAAGACUGGAGACGCCUCCUACCUCUGGACCUGUUUAGGGCCAGAAACACCCCUUCUCAUUUUAACCUGACUCCAUAUGAGAUUUUAUAUGGCGGGCCACCUCCUCUGUCUACCAUGCUCAAUUUUUAUCAGCCCUCUGCUUCCAAAACUGAUUUGCAGGCUCACCUAAAAGGGCUACAAGUGGUACAGGCCCAAGUUUGGGCCCCCCUUGCUGAGAGCUACAAGCCUGGCCACAACAGACAGGGACACCCUUUCCACGUCGGUGACUCAGUCUACAUUCGACGACACUGGUCCCAAGGACUCGAGCCUCAGUGGAAGGGACCCUAUACAGUCCUCCUGACCAUACCCACUGCUCUCAAAGUAGAUGGAAUUGCAGCUUGGAUACACGCCUUCCACGCCAAGGCCGCUCCUCCUCCUCUAGACCCCGAGCAAUGCUCCCAAUGGCGCCUACACCGCUCUGAAGAUCCUCUAAAGAUAAGACUUACCAGAUCUGGCCCCAACCCCAUCCUUGCUGACACUGGGGUACAACCUCCACUCCCCAGACUCCCAACUAUUGUCCCAACUCCUCCACCCACCACCCCAAACACAGAACCACCCUUACCCAAGACUGGAAAUCGACUCUUUAACCUGGUUAAGGGGGCUUUCCAAGCCCUCAACACUACCAACCCCCAAGAAACCCAGUCCUGUUGGCGCUGCAUCACCCCAAGCCCACCUUAUUAUGAAGGAAUCGCUACCUCAGCCACUUUCUCUAACACAAGUAAUCAUUCCUCCUGUGACUGGGGUCAGCACAAAAAGCUCACCUUGAUGGAAGUUUCGGGUCAGGGGACCUGCCUAGGCACUGUGCCCCCUAGCCACCAACACCUCUGUAACCAUACCCUCGUCAUAACUACCACCACCAGUAACUGCUUCCUUACUCCUCCCUCUAACCUAUGGUGGACCUGCAACACUGGACUCACCCCUUGUGUCUCCACUGCCAUAUUUGCUGCAACCAACUAUUGUGUGCUAGUCCAGCUUGUCCCCAGAAUUUACUAUCAGACUGCCCAGGCUUUCGAGGCCAACUACGAGGACACACGCCCCUUCCGCUUUCAGAGAGAGCCAGUCAAUCUGACUCUGGUUGUCAUGUUAAGCUUGGGGGUUGCAGCAGGGGUGGGGAUGGGGACGGCAGCCUUAAUACAUGGGACCCAACAAUUUGACAUGCUUAGAACAGCUAUAGACGAGGACCUCCGUGCCAUAGAGCGGUCCAUCACCAAGUUAGAAGAGUCCCUUACGUCACUAUCCGAGGUGGUCCUACGAAAUAGAAGAGGGCUAGAACUGAUGUUUCUCAAAGAAGGAGGUUUAUGCGCAGCUUUAAAAGAACAGUGUUGCUUUUAUGUGGAUCAUUCUGGGGUAGUUAGAGAUUCCAUGACCAAGCUCCGAGAGCACCUUGACAGGUGGCAACGAGAACGGGAGGCCCACCAGGGAUGGUUUGAAAAAUAG